UUUAUUCUUUUGCUGAAGCACGAAGAUCGUUUCACUGGAAAGGUGGAGUUUACGAGGAAACCUGAAGGCGUCAUUGUUCCACCCCUGCUGGGCUGGCAGAAAGCUAAAUCUACAGCAGCAUACCGACACAGAUACUGUAUUUACCCCACAAUCUGCCCAGGCCAAGUCAACCUGUCAGGAGCAGAGGAGCAAAAGCUAACUGGGCUUUCUCUGCAAGCGUAACGUUAUUUUUUUUGACAACUCACAGCAGCACCGUUUGCAGGCUAAGCUAGCAGGAAGAGCUAGCAGGAAGAGCUAACGACAGUUAGUUAAAACUCCUGCUCCGCUGAAGACCACCCAUUGCAGACUGCUGGAUUUGACAGAUCUAGCUAUGUGAGCUGCUCUAAUGUGUGGAUUUGUAAAUCCAUACAGCACCUGGUUAAGACCGCUUUCAAGCUGGUCUGGAGGACUGUACUAUUACUGUGACAUACACAUCCAACAGACCUACAGCUGAUUUGGCUGAACAGGCGUAUGUUGGCCUGGAUCGUAGCAUAACUCCCCAGAGCAGCCUCCUCCCUUCCCCUCCCUCUGCUCUCCCUGUAGGACUACUAUGCCUCUGGGUUUGGGAAGAAGGAAGAAGGCGUCCCCGUUGGUUGAGAACGAGGAAGCGGAGCCUAUCCGCGCAGGUCUCAAUGUGCCUGGUAUGGAUGGCCUAGAUGGAGGUGUUGUCGGGCUGGGAGAAGGUGCCACCUCUGAAGGUCUGCCUCCUCCACCCAGCAGCAUGCGACCUCGCCUCAUCUUCCACACGCAGCUCGCUCACGGCAGCCCCACAGGCCGCAUUGAAGGCUUCAGUAAUGUGCGGGAGCUCUAUGCCAAGAUUGGUGAGGCCUUUGGGAUACCACCGUCUGAGGUUAUGUUUUGCACACUGAACACUCACAAGGUGGACAUGGAUAAACUGUUGGGAGGUCAGAUUGGGCUAGAGGACUUCAUUUUUGCCCACAUUAAAGGUCAGCGAAAGGAAAUAGAGGUGUUCAAAGGAGAGGAUGCAUUAGGGUUGACCAUCACUGAUAAUGGAGCUGGCUACGCUUUCAUCAAGAGAAUCCGCGAGGGGAGCAUCAUCCACCAGAUCCAGGUAAUCAACGUAGGUGAUAUGAUCGAGUCGAUCAACGGCCAUCGCCUGAUUGGGUGUCGACACUAUGAGGUGGCCAAGAUGCUGAAGGAGCUGCCCAAAGGGAAGGAGUUCACCAUCAAGCUGGUGGAGCCUCUAAAGGCCUUUGAUAUGAUCAGCCAGCGGUCUGGAGGGUCCAGGUCAGCAUCAGGGGUGCAGCUGGGAACCGGCAGAGGAACUCUGCGGCUGCGCUCUAAAGGUCCUGCUACUGUGGAGGAGCUGCCCUCUGCAUUUGAGGAAAAGGCCAUUGAGAAGGUGGAUGACCUUCUUGAGAGCUACAUGGGCAUCAGAGACAGCGAGCUGGCGGCCACCAUGGUGGAGCUGGGAAAGGACAAAAAGAACCCGGAUGAGUUUGCCGAGGCUUUAGAUGAAACCCUGGGAGACUUCGCCUUCCCAGACGAGUUUGUUUUCGACGUCUGGGGCGCCAUCGGCGAUGCUAAGGAGACUCUGCCUAGACAAAGAGGAUAAUGCCAGUUAAUGGGAGAAGAAGGUGACUGUGAUGACUUCCCAAGUGCUUUUAUUUGUCUUCCGGCUUUUUCCAGAAACUACAAGCACGCUGAUGAGCGUUCCCAUUUGACCGCGUCACAUGACCCCUGCAUGUCAUUGUUGUAGUUGCUGGCAGUGGAACAAGUACAGCACAAGUCUCUUAUAUGGGAGAAAUGAAAGACAACAGCUAACACAAAGUAGAUCUUUGAUACUUAGCAAAAAAAUAAAUAAAAUGUGAUUUUUUUUUUUCCACAUUGCACUGUGUUGCACUGCGCUGUAAACAACAGAAGUGAACAGAUAGCACUGUACCUCACCUGGUGAGUGGCACAGUUAUUGCACAGUAUAAGGCCUCCCUGAGUUACAGUGUUGUCAAUGAACCACUCGAUAUUACUGGAUCAGUUUUACAAGCAUGUGCUGUUAUAUUUUUAUCUUCAUAAUGAAUUCUGCUGGUUUUAUGUUCUUUUUUUUGGUAAAAGAAACAAUUGUAGUUACAAAAAAGGGUCAUAGUAAAGUGUAGCUCACUGACUAAAAGAUCAGUGGUGUUUGUUCAUCGUUAACACACUCCAUGGUGUAAUGAACUGUUGCACAUUCCAGUCGUACUUUCAUACAUUUGACAGUGUUACAGAAAAUCAGUGUUAAUGUACCUUUUUAAUUGAAGGUCAUUAUAUAAGAACGAGAAGUUGGUUUCCAGGUUUGUGGAUGUGUUGACUUAUUUUUUUAUAGUUAGUGUUUUUUAUAUAAAGUGAUGUGAUGUAUAUUUUAAAACCAGGUUUGUGAAACAGAGUAAGACUUUAUUGUUUUGAAGCAUUACAAAAGGCAGUAUUAAAGAAGAGAAAGUCAUGAUAUGGAGUAGUUGUGUAAAAAGAAAAAAAGGAAUCUGUUAAGAACAAAAUGCCUUUAAUUUCUUCUCAUUUCAUGCAUUUUAUACAUUUUUGUUAGAAGUAUACAUUCUGGUGCAUGGUGCUGAAAAAUCAAGUAUCCUGUCAUUGGGAGCAGAAUGAUACCAAACUACUUCCAUCUCAUGUCGCAGUGACUUUGUGUUGUUAAUAGAGAGGAAAAACAGGCAAUGCUGCACCAACCACUCAGCGUAGGUAAACACGUGUCUUAAAACUUUUUGGUGUUAACCUUUUUCAGUAUAUCCAAAUGUAUGAAGCUAUUUUGUAGUUUUGUUUCAUUCUUCAGAGUUAAUGAAUAUAUAGAUGGUUAUGUAAUGAAACUGAUGCUAGAACACUGUAACACUGAGAAGAACACGCUAUUUUGAUGGCUUUGUAUUACACUGUUGUCAAUGUCCAAUUAUAAUGCAAUAAUAACAUCGCCAUGGCAGGUUUUUCCUUUUGUUUGGUCUUUCCUAAAAACAACACAGUGCUUUGCAUCAGAAAAUGUUCAUUUGGAUCAGAUUAUCCAACACUGUUAGCUGCUUUCUGCUGUGAUCUGCUGGAGUGUUUUCCAACAUUAACAGAAACCAUCCCUGGGCCAGCGUGUGUUUUUUUCUCACUCCUGUCCCCCCCUGAAAUAUACAUGACAUUUAACUAGACAGUGAAAUCACUUUGAGUGUCAGCAGGCCAUCAGAGGUAAUGUAAUAAGAUACACUUCGGUAAACUUGAUAGUGCUGGUCAAGCUCAGCAGGGUCACCUCCAGGCCUCAUGUUUUAAAUCAAGGAAGAUCUGUCCCAGUUCAGCACUAAAUACCUUUUUUGCAAUAUGUUUAGAUUAUAAAUGUUACAAUAAAGUUUUAUGCAGCUGU